GCUUAUUGUAUUUUUAAAUUUCCACACACAACACACUGUGAGAGAGAGAGAGAGAGAGAGGAGGGUGGUGAAGCAACCGAGGUGACGGUGGAGCAGGUGGUGGUGGAGGAGGAGGUGGCGCUACAGCUGCAACCUGCUAAACCUCUUUUAUUUUAUUUGUCUUCUGUUUCUUUAUUGUUUCUUUCUUCCUUCCCCUGUUCCUCCUUCCUCUGUAUGUGUGCGUGUGUGUUUUUGCUUGCUAACUAAGUAGAAGAGAAAGAGAAAGAGAAGAGCAGAGGAGUUUAAGGAAAGAGAGAAAAGAGGUGGUGUGGGCAGGAGACCCGAUGCAAGCGCGAGAAGUGAGACUUGGGAUUUGAUGCAACAAUGUCGAUGCCCAGCUCGAGGCAACUACGGCAGCAAAAACAACCACCACCAUCACCACCCUGUUACAUCUACAACAAAAUUCACAGAACCCCCAUCUUCGUCGUUGCCAUUGUUGUCGUUGUCUCAAUUGCAUUAGCAUUUGAUGUCGGAUCAUCAGAAGCCGUUACCGCCGGCAACCAUGAAGCACUUGCACUGCUCUCAUGGAUACAUGAUUCUACUGUAUCCUCUGCAUUCCACGACUGGAACCCACAAGACCCAAACCCUUGUAAGUGGACUUACAUCUCUUGCUCUGCUCAUGGCUUCGUCACCCAAAUUACUAUCAAAUCCAUCCAGCUCGCCCUGCCUGUCCCUUCCAAUCUCUCCUCCUUCGCUUUCCUGGAACAGCUCAUUAUCUCCGACGCCAACCUUACCGGAACUAUCCCCGCUGACAUUGGAGACUUCCCUUCACUCACAGUCCUCGACCUCAGCUCCAACAGUCUCGUGGGUAGCAUUCCUGCAAGUAUCGGUAAGCUCAGGAACCUCCAAGACUUGAUUUUGAACUCGAACCAGCUCACAGGCAAGAUUCCAGCAGAGGUUGGCAACUGCAUUAGCCUUCAAAAUCUAAUCCUCUUAGAUAACCGUCUCGGGGGCUCUCUGCCGCCAGAGCUCGGCAAACUGUCUAGCCUUCAAGUCCUUCGUGCAGGAGGGAACAAAGACAUCGUCGGAAAACUCCCAGAGGAAAUCGGUGACUGUGGAAACCUGACUGUAUUGGGUCUGGCAGAUACUCAGAUUUCUGGGUCGUUGCCUGCUACAUUGGGUAGGCUCAGCAAGCUCCAGACUCUCUCUGUUUACACUGCCAUGCUCUCUGGCAAGAUUCCGGCGGAGAUUGGCAACUGCUCCGAGCUUGUGAAUCUGUAUCUCUAUGAGAACUCUCUCUCUGGUUCGCUUCCGCCGGAGCUCGGCAAGCUUGGGAAGCUGGAGAGGAUGUUUCUAUGGCAGAACGACUUCGUCGGAGCGAUUCCGGAUGAGAUUGGAAACUGUAGCAGCUUGAUUAUGCUCGAUCUCUCCAUCAAUUCUUUCUCUGGAAGCAUUCCUUCAUCUAUUGAGCGUCUCUCUGAGCUUCAAGAGCUCAUGCUGAGUAACAAUAACAUCUCUGGUUCGAUACCCUCUGUUCUCUCCUAUGCUACGAAUCUUGUACAGUUGCAACUCGAUACUAACCAGAUCUCGGGUUUGAUCCCACUGGAGCUCGGCAUGUUGACGAAUCUGAACGUCUUCUUCGCUUGGCAAAACCAGCUUGAGGGUAGCAUUCCAUCGAGCUUGGAGAAUUGUAGUAGCCUUCAAUUGCUUGAUCUGUCCCACAAUGCGCUCACUGGGAGCAUUCCACCUGACCUAUUUCAUCUUCAGAAUCUAACUAAGCUUCUCUUGAUAUCUAAUGACAUAUCUGGUUCGAUUCCGCCGGAGGUGGUCAACUGCAGGUCUCUUGUUCGGUUGCGGCUCGGGAACAAUAGGAUAGGGGGAGAGAUCCCAAAGCAGAUCGGAGGUCUUAAGAGCAUCAAUUUCCUCGAUCUUUCUGGGAAUCGGUUAACUGGGUCUGUCCCAGAUGAGAUCGGAAACUGUACAGAGUUGCAGAUGCUGGAUCUCAGUUCCAACUCACUUGAAGGAGAUCUGCCCAACUCUAUAUCCUCUCUCAUUGCCAUUCAGGUCUUAGAUGUUUCCUCAAACCAGUUCACUGGUCCCAUUCCAGCAAGCAUUGGCCGUCUUUCUUCACUGAAUAAGCUCAUUCUCAGCAGGAACUCGUUCUCUGGAUCAAUACCUCCCUCACUCGGCCUCUGUUCAAAUCUCCAAUAUCUUGAUCUUAGCAGUAAUGGACUCUCUGGCCAUAUCCCGACUGAAUUGUGUCAGAUAGAGGGUCUUGACAUUGCUCUCAAUCUUAGUGGCAAUGGGCUUACAGGGCCAAUUCCAACCCAGAUAUCAUCACUCAACAAGCUCUCCAUCCUUGAUCUCUCACAUAACAAACUUGAGGGGGACUUGACCCCGCUUGCUGGGCUUCAGAAUCUUGUCUCUCUGAAUAUCUCCUACAACAAUUUCACCGGUUAUCUUCCUGACAACAAGCUAUUCCGACAGUUAUCGGCAGCAGAGUUGGGUGGAAAUCAAGGCUUGUGUGCUAGGGGCCGGGACUCUUGUUUCUUGAGCAAUGUUGCUGGGAUGCAAAUGACAAGCAGCGAUGACUUGGCUCGAUCACGAAAGCUUAAGUUGGCAAUUGCAUUGCUGAUCACAUUGACAGCGGUGAUGAUGGUUCUUGGAACAAUUGCAGUGAUUCGAGCUCGUAGAGUCAUCAGAGAUGAUGAUUCGGAGAUGGGGGGAGAGUCUUGGCCUUGGCGAUUCACUCCAUUCCAGAAGCUGAACUUCACUGUUGAUCAAGUAUUGAGAUGCCUUGUGGAUGCCAAUGUGAUUGGGAAGGGCUGUUCUGGAAUGGUAUAUCGAGCAGAUAUGGACAAUGGUGAAGUAAUUGCAGUGAAGAAGCUGUGGCCAACUACAAUGGCUGUGGCCAAUGAUGAUGACAGGUGCAGUGUUCGCGACUCAUUUUCGGCAGAGGUGAAGACAUUGGGCUCUAUCCGUCACAAGAACAUUGUUAGGUUUUUGGGUUGCUGCUGGAAUCGAAACACAAGACUGCUAAUGUAUGAUUACAUGCCCAAUGGGAGCUUGGGUAGCCUCCUCCAUGAGAGGAAUGGUGGUUGCUUGGAGUGGGAUUUGAGGUACCAGAUUGUGCUGGGAGCUGCACAAGGCCUGGCUUACUUACACCAUGAUUGUGUCCCUCCCAUUGUUCACAGGGACAUCAAAGCCAACAACAUCCUCAUUGGUCUUGAAUUCGAGCCAUACAUUGCUGAUUUUGGCCUGGCUAAGCUUGUCGAUGACGGAGAUUACGCCCGGUCAUCCAAUACAGUUGCUGGUUCAUAUGGGUACAUUGCUCCUGAGUAUGGAUACAUGAUGAAGAUCACAGAAAAGAGUGAUGUCUACAGUUAUGGUGUUGUUGUACUGGAAGUGUUAACAGGGAAGCAACCCAUUGAUCCAACAAUACCAGAUGGGCUCCAUGUAGUAGACUGGGUCAGACAAAGGAAGGGAGGAAUUGAGGUUCUUGACCCGAGUCUAUGUGCUCGGCCUGAGUCAGAGGUGGAGGAGAUGAUGCAGGCAUUGGGUGUGGCCUUAUUAUGUGUAAAUCCUUCCCCAGAUGAAAGGCCAACCAUGAAAGAUGUAGCAGCCAUGCUCAAGGAAAUCAGGCACGAGAGAGAGGAGUAUGCAAAGGUGGAUGCACUCCUCAAAGGAUCUCCUGUGACCGAUCGCCAAAAUAACAACACUGGAGCAGGUCCAACAACUUCAUCAUCCACCACACCGAAGACUUGCUCUUUCCCACAAAGCAACAACACCAGCUUCUCUGCAUCCUCACUCCUGUACUCAUCUUCCUCAAUCGCCAAAACGCUCUUCAAGUGAUUUAAUAAUUACACUUAGAUACUUCUCAACACAAGAUGCUUGUCCUCUCCCUUAGUUUUUCUCAUUUCCAUGAUCUCUUGAUGUAAAGAAGAAAGCUUGACAAUUUGUUAAUGAAAAGUAGUCCAACAAAUUAAGCCAAUAGUUGCAGUUUGGCUUUUUGAA